AUGUCAAUACUGAUAAAUGGCUUACCAUCUAAACCUUUUAAGAUGGAGAGGGGCUGGAGACAAGGUGACCCAUUGUCCCCAUUUUUAUUUGUUCUUGUUGUUGAUGUUCUGCAUAGGAUAUUAGGGGAGGCAGUCAGAAACAGACGUAUCUCGCCUCUGUUGGUUGGAAAGAAUAAUAUAGAGUUGUCACACCUCCAAUUCGCGGAUGACACUAUAUUAUUCUGUCCACUGGAGGAAGAGACCAUUAAGAACUAUGCCAGGCUGCUAAGGUGUUUUGAGUUGAUAUCGGGGUUAAGUAUCAACUAUGACAAGUCAAGUCUAAUCCAAUCAAUUGUGAUCAGCAGUGGACCUACAACAUGUGUAACUCAUUGGGUUGUAAGGAGGCUAAUCUUCCAAUUAGGUAUCUGGGCAUCUCGCUAG